AUGAAAUUGAAUAUAAAUAAACACCAGAGAAUUCAUACAGGUGAAAAGCCAUAUAAUUGUACAGAAUGUGAGAAGAGUUUUAAUACAAUAUCUGAUUUAAAUAAACACCAGACAGUUCAUACAGGUGAAAAACCCGACAAAAGUAUUCAUUGUGAGAAGUGUUUUUCCCAAAUGCAUCUUUUAAGAAACCACCUGAGAAUUCACAUGGGUGAGGUGCCUUACAAGUGCACACAUUGUGGGAAAUGUUUUACUACAGAAUAUAAUUUACAUACACAUGUGAGAAUUAAUACAGGUGAGAAGCCAUACAAGUGUACACAAUGUGAGAUGUUUAAUAGAAAGUCUGAUUUAAAUACACACCUGAGAAUUCAUACAGGUGAGAAGCUUUACCAGUGUACACAUUGUGGGAGGGGCUUGUCUACAAUGUAUCAAUUAAUUUGCCACUGGAAUAUUCAUACAGGUGAAAAGCCAUACAAGUGUACACAAUGUGAGAACAGUUUUAAUACAAAAUCUCAUUUAAAUGCACACCAGAGAAUUCAUACAGGUGAAAAACCAUACACAUUUAUUCAUUGUGAGAAGUGCUUUUCCUGAGUGUGUAAUUUAAGAUGCCACCUAAGAAUUAAUUUAAGGGAAACGCCCUAAACAUCUCAACACUGUGGUGAGUGCUUUUCCACAAUUUAACGUGCUAACAUGGAAUUCAUAGAGGUGAAAAGCCACGCAAUUGUAUUCAUUGUGCAACAUGCUUUUUAGUAGCCAUCUGAGAAUUUAUUCAGAUGAAAAUCUUUCAUAACAAGUGUUUGACUGUUUUUUGAAAAUGUCAUUUUAAUUCCAUGUAAAUGUAAAAUUUCUUGUGGACUGAAGCGUGAUAUUUUGUAAUUAUGAAAUUGACAGCAGAGUAAAUUGUUUGAAAGAAUGUACAGUAAAACAAUAUGAAAUCUGUUUGGAUAUUCUGUGAAAAGAAACAUGGUUUUAUGUAUUGUAAACUUGUUUUCUGAAAAUGAACUUGUCAGUACUGGCUUUUCCAGUGCUUUUACUGUCAAUGGUAGGAGUUGUAAUUGUGCUUGUCAAUUAAAGCUGAUUUUUUAGACCUGA